UCUAAAACCCUGGCGCAGCAAUUAUCAAAAAACUUCCUUUUUUUUUCUCAAACGGGAAGUUCUCUGAAUUUGCUCCCAUGGCUCCCACCUUCGUAUUCGAACCAGCGAGCGACGAAGAGCGCGAAUUCUCGCAGCCUGAAGACGAAGAAGAAGAAAAGGAAGAGGAGGAGGAAGACGAUGAUGAUGAUAAAGAGGACGAAGGGGAAGAAGAACAGAAAAUAUCCAAACGCCAAAAGCAGUCGCCGUGGGACUUCGCUGCCUUCACAAGAUCCUUUGCCGAAGAACACUCUCUUCGAAGCACCACCUCCAUCGAUGAAAAGAUCUCCAAAGCCAUCCUGCAGCGGUCCGUCCCCGUCUCGCUCCCCUCAGACUCUGAUACUUCCGACGCCGAACCGGACCAACAAGAAGAUUAUAAAUCAGAAGACGAUGAUGAGGGUGCCAGUAAUGCUGGUGAGAGUAAUUCGUUUUUUGCAUCCUCCAAGGGAACUUCAUUCCAUGCCAAUUCGUUCAUUGAGCUCAAUCUAUCUCGUCCUCUACUUCGGGCUUGCGAAGCUUUGGGUUACACAAAGCCUACUCCAAUUCAGGCAGCUUGCGUACCGUUAGCUUUGGCAGGGCGUGAUAUAUGUGGGAGUGCAAUUACUGGUUCGGGAAAGACUGCUGCCUUCGCAUUACCUACCCUGGAGAGGCUACUGUUCCGUCCAAAACGCGUUCCGGCAAUAUGGGUCCUUGUUCUUACUCCAACCAGAGAGUUGGCAGUUCAGGGUCAUAGUAUGAUACAAAAAAUUGCUCAAUUUACCGAUAUUAGGUGUUGCUUGGUUGUUGGAGGCCUUUCAACAAAGAUGCAAGUGGCUGCCUUGCGUUCAAUGCCAGAUAUUGUGGUAGCUACACCAGGACGCAUGAUAGAUCAUUUGCGAAAUUCUAUGUCUGUGGAUUUGGAUGAUCUUGCAGUUUUAAUACUUGAUGAGGCUGAUCGUCUUCUGGAGCUUGGAUUUAGUGCUGAAAUUUCUGAGCUGGUACUACUAUGCCCCAAAAGGAGGCAGACCAUGCUGUUUUCUCCUACGAUGACUGAAGAACUUGAUGAGCUUAUCAAGCUUUCUCUGACAAAACCAUUGCGUCUCUUAGCUGACCCAUCUGCAAAACGGCCUGCCGCAUUGACUGAAGAGGUCGUUAGGAUACGUCGAAUGCGUGAAGUAAAUCAGGAGGCAGUUCUUCUUGCACUGUGCUCUAAAACCUUUACAUCUAAAGUUAUCAUCUCCAGUGGGACUAAACAGGCUGCACAUAGGUUGAAGAUCUUAUUUGGAUUAGCUCACUUUAAAGCUGCUGAGCUACAUGGAAAUCUUACCCAAGUCCAGCGUCUUGAGGCGCUGGAGCUUUUUAGGACACAGCAAGUUGAGUUUUUGAUUGCAACUGAUGUCGCUGCUCGUGGACUUGACAUUGUUGGUGUUCAAACUGUUAUUAACUUUGCGUGUCCUCGUGAUCUGACAAGCUAUGUUCAUCGAGUGGGUCGUACAGCAAGAGCUGGUAGAGAAGGUUAUGCUGUCACGUUUGUGACAGAUAAUGAUCGAUCUCUUUUAAAAGCAAUUGCAAAGAGGGCUGGUUCAAAGUUGAAAAGUAGAACUGUUGCUGAGCAGUCGAUUAUUAAAUGGUCUCAAAGAAUUGAGCAAAUGGAAGAUGAAGUGGCUGUCAAGAGAGUUAUAUUAAUUAUGUUGAACUAUUUCAGGGAGGAGAUGGCCCUUAGAAAAGCUGAAAUGGAAGCAACAAAGGCAGAAAAUAUGAUUGCACACAAGGAUGAGAUCUUUUCACGCCCCAAAAAAACUUGGUUUGUGACUGAGAAGGAAAAAAGAGUUGUGGCAAAAGCAGCAAAGGCAUCUACGGCGAAAGACAAAGGUUCAGCAAAGGAUGUUAUCAGUGCCCAAGAGUCCGAAGAUCUCAAAAUGAAAGAAAAGAGAAAGCGACAGCGUGAGAAGAAUUUGCCUAGGAGGAAGCGAAGAAAAUUGGAAGCAGCUAGAGAGAUGUUGGAGGAAGAUGAUGUAGUGGACAAGUCACAGGAAGGCGCUGGUAAAAACAAGAAAGAGAAGGCUGGAUUGUCAUUGGUUGACCUUGCUUAUCGACGGGCAAAAGCAGUGAAGGCUGUGAAGAAAGCACAGGAUGCUGGCAAGAUUAUCAAAAAAGGCAUCAACAAACAGAAAAGUAAUCCGCAAAGAACACAAUCUAGGACAGAAGAAAUGCAAGAGCUAUUCCAGAGCGAUAUGGGUGAUAAACAGCAGAAGAGAAUCAGCGGCGGUGGAAUGAGAAGGAAAAAGUCAAAGAAUUCAUUUAAGAGCAAGUCACGGUAUAAACGCAAGUAGCAACUUCGAAGGAGGCAACAAAUUUCGAUAUUAUGUAGUCUUUUACAAAAGCUGGCUUGAUCCUUCAUCUGGGCAGGUAGCUGCAAUACUCUAAAUGUGGUAAUUGCAGAUAAUUCAGAUGCCAUUUUGUACAUCAACCUUGAUGUUGUGCCAUAGGCCCAUAGCUGGGUUGGAUGCCUACUUGAUGAUAUACGGCAUUGAAGUUCAUUUUUGAGACAUUCAAUUAAUCGAGACCAAUGAUCGAAUCAAUUGACCCCGGGAGCAUCCAGCUGAUCCAUGAUUUUUGUGGCUUAGAUGAAAGAGAAUGUAGUAGCCUAUUACUUUCUAAGUUCUUUUAAAAAGUCUAUCCUCCAUCUGUUGCCCUCAAUAUUAUAACUAGGGAUACUGAUUUGAUUUGUGUAGGCUUUUUUGCGUGGCGUCUUGUUUUUCCCCCUGUAAAAUAACUGUUACAUGUAAAACUUAGUCUCACUCUGCGUCGUACUAAACACUGAAUGAUGGAAGUUUGUUUGAGAGUUGAACAAA